GUCCGUUGUCCUCAUGUGCUCGUUGGGUUGAAAGAGUAGCUUCUCUCUCUUAGCCAAUUUCAUUGUUAACCGGGCUCCAGUCUGAAGCUACUUCCUCUGUCCAGCUAAGAAAGAGAUGCUUUCGUUCUAAUGGCUACAUUUCACCCGAGCAAAACUGAGAUGGAUGGGGAUAGAAUUAGCCAACUUCCCGCAGAUGUAAAGGACUUGAUUAUGGAGUGUUUGGACACUCGUGAUGCUGCCAGAGUAGCUGUGCUCUCAACUCAAUGGAAGGAUGUUUGGUUGAGACAUGGCCGGCUUGUCUUCAAUUACCGCUACUUUCGACGUAGACGUAAACCCUCGACUUUCAUCAACAUGGUAACGAACAUUCUUAUGCUUCGUUCAGCACCUGUUAAGAAAUUUGAGUUUUUGUAUGCUGCUGUGGAUGUUAGGGAUCGUUGGUGUAAGCCAAAGCAGUCUGAUGUAGAUCAAUGGUGUCUUUUCUUAUCAAGAAAUGGAAUUGAGCAACUUAGCAUAUGUGUUACGAAUUUGACUGAAGAAGGGUGUUAUAACCUGCCACAUUGUAUAAUCUCAUGUUCCACACUUAAGCGACUGAAACUAGCUGGUUUUCUUUUAGACUACCCUGUUACUGCUGGACUCAGUAGUAUAUUUACUCAUGUCACAUCUCUAGUUUUUGUGGGUGUUGUCUUUAUCCAUACUGUCAAUGGAAGUACUAUAACCAUUGUUCCUAAUCUUGAGGAGCUGGUCUUCCAGGCGUGUCAAGGGAUCCAUAAUUUUGUGAUCAGUGCUCCUAAACUUAAAAGCUUGACUGUUUCCUUCUCUAGGCACAUUGCUGAAUGGAAAUGGUUUCAACUUCAUUUUCCAGUAACUAAGAGUCUUUCCCUGUCUGUAGAUGUACUUUCAGACAUAUGUGAUGCUGCAUUGAAUCUGCCAGAGAUGAUCCCAACUGCAAUAAAUCUACAAGCGAUGAAGCUGGAUGAUUUCAGUUUUGGUUCUGCCCAGCACUUUUUCAUUGCCAGUGAAAUGAUUAAAAAAUGUCCCAAGCUAUGCAAACUGGAAAUCAUCUCAAAUCUGGCAUGUUGGAUAGAUGACGGUGCAAGUCUGUGGGAGGAUCCCGUAGAUGGUGGCUUUAUUAUUGAUCAUGAUCUGGACAUGCUUAAAAAAGUUAGCAUAGAUUCAUUUUUUGGAUAUAAACGGGAAGAGAUCUUUGUGAAAGCAAUCCUUUCAAAGUCACCUGUGCUUGAGGAACUUGUUAUCCGGCAAUCAGCCAAAAGAGGUGACUCAGUGGCUUCCGAAUUCAGAAAUGAGAUGCACUGCUUCCCUCGCGCUUCUUCAAAAGUGUGCAUUGUCAUUAAUUAUAUGUAAUGCCUCAUUAGCGUAAAAUGAGCAUUGCUCAAAUAUACAUACUAGUACAUGUUUUUUAAACUACGAGCAGCACCCAGUGGCAGAAUGAACAUCUAACUUUUUUUAAAAACACACAAGUAUGCAAAUUUAGUGUAUUUAUUAUUCUUCAAGUUUUUAAUUGUAGAAACAUCAUGAAUUGUUAGUAGUUGUGUAACACUGACAAGUUUAUGUGGAUGUUUAUGUGGUUGACUCUUCUAGUUUUGACCAGUUACAUUGGCAUCUGUUUAUUUGGGUCAAUUAACGCAG